AUGAAACUAAAAAAUUUUAUCAGUACAUCAGUGGUUGCUGAUCUUUUUAAGAAAGGUGGUUUCAAAAAUGGUGGUGGUUAUCGAUUAUUGGAUUGCAGCGGAAGUUUUGAACCACGAGAUCAUCAAGAUUUCAUGAAAACUAAGCAAUACUGCGACUAUUUAGAAAAGCAUAUCCCUCAAGCAGUUCACAUGGAUCUCAACAUAGCCACCUAUCCCAGUCUUUAUGAAUCAUAUGCUAUGUAUCCACCAGAGAUAUUCCAGAAAUACGCUCGUUUAUUGGGUGUCAAUCGAUCGGAGCAUAUCAUCUUAUACGGCAGGGAACACAUUGCUGGCAUGAUGUUCCCCUGUCGCAUUUCUUGGCUAUUUAAGUACUAUGGCCAUGGAGCUGUUUCUGUCAUAGACGGAGGUCUCGCAGCAUGGGAAAAAGAUGGCGGUGAAAUUAAUCGAGAAGUGCCAGAAGUCACUCGAACUUACAAGAACGUUGAAGUUCAAAUAUUAUAUUUAAAGCCAGGUGAUUGGGAAGCAAAGCUUUGUCCGGAUUGUAUUGUAACAUAUGAACAGCUUAUCAAGAAGGAUUCCAAUGGGAUGAACAUAUUUGAUAAAACUGACCAGGUAAAUUUUUUCGACACACGUCCAAGAGAUCAGUUUGAGGGAAAGAUUGAUACUAUAUUUGAUCCAAAAAAGGUGAGAGGUUCACAUGUGCCGGGGACAAAGUGUGCACCAGCAAUAGAAAUGAUCGAUGAAGAGGGUUGUUUAAAAGAUCCAGAGGAGCUUAAAAACUGGUUGGAAAAGUGUGGUUUCAAACAAGAUCUUCCAAUCAUCUCACAGUGUCUACGCGGAGUACAGGCCUGCUUGUUGAAUUUAGUCAUCGAGGAUUUGUUUCCAUCUGUACGUCCACGAGUCUAUCAUGGAUCAUGCCUUGAAUUGCAAGCUCGCGAUCCGAAAAAAAUAUCUGGAUAG